AGUAAACUAAACGAUCAUACAGCGCUUGACAGUCAUCUAGAGGUUAUGCAUGUUGCGUUUACAGCUUGAGAACUACAUUCGCGCAUAAGGAUAUUCACCUUUCCACCUAUUUUUCUAUAAGUUACAUUUCGCCUUUCGGUGAUGUCAUUUCUUAUUCAAUUUAGCCUUGAGCGCCUCGAAGAAGUAGCUUGCUGAGCUAGCUAGCUAGCUUUCCGGGCUGCUAGCGUCAGGUCUGCAAGAAUUUUUUGCACAGAAGCACUUUAUGUUGUAUUUGAUUCCUGAGACAGGAGGAUCAGGAAAGGGAACAGUAGUUCAUGGAAGACAAGAAAAAGAAGAAAGAGGAUAAAAAGAAAAGGGAAACCCCUCAGAAGGUGCCAGAACAGAAAAUCAAAGUGCCAGAAUCAGCCAAGCCCUCCUCUUCCCAGCCACUCGCCACCCCGGGCUCAGCAUCCCCCAGCCCUGGCCCCGCUCCCCCUUCAUCCCCCUGUCUUGGUACAGCUGGGGUUCCCACACAGGUCCCUCCCGGUGGCGGGAACAAUGCAAAGCAGCGGGCUGCUGUGGCCAACGGACAGCCCUCCUCCUCUUCCUCUGGAACCCAGUCCUCCCAGCAACAGCAGCAACAGCAGCGCUACAUGCCCAGGGAGGUGCCACCGAGAUUUCGCUGCCAGCAGGACCACAAAGUGCUACUGAAGAGGGGCCAGCCGCUGUCCUCCAUGCUGCUGGGGGGUGGAGGAAGUGGCCGGGGAGCCUCCCCACCACUCUCCUCACAUGGAGGAGAUGACCCCAAUGCAACCACAGCUGGAGCAACAGAUCCAAACCUGGGUUCAUCCUCUCCUUCACCCCCCCACUCCUCCUUAUCCUCAUCAUGCGUCGCUGCUCUGUCAUCUUCUUCUACUACUUCAACUUAUGCAAAUUCCACAUGGGGGGCGGGCUCUGGCAGCCAGCCUUCCUCUCAGGGCUGGGAGAAGGUGAUUGUGGAUGGAACUGAUCUGGAGGAGUGGCCUAGCAUCCUAGGUGGGGCCAAAUUGGCGUCCGAGGGAGGAGGAGGGGGACGGGAGCAAGACAGCCCCAGUAACAGCAGCAGCAGUGCCUCAUGGAGUGAAAGAACCAUCCAGCAGAAGGGAGGUGGGGCAGCAGGAGGUGGAGCAGGGAACUCGGACAAUCCCUCCCUUCCACGCUCCUCUUCUCCUUCUUCCUCAUCUGCACUCAGUGAAUGUGUCCAGUCAGGUGGCAUUGUGUGGGGCUCCUCAGCUUCUUCUGCAGAGGGUGGGCCGGGAGCUGGGGCAUUCUUCAAUUCCAAAGUCUCUCAUCUUCUUCCUGGGCCUCAGGAGAGCCCUGGGGACAGCAGCAACGGUGGAGUUCCUGGUGCCAACUUCAACCCCAACACCAACCCCUCUGCCUGGCCUGCCCUGGUGCAGGAUGGAACAUCUGCUUCAGCCAGCGAGGGCCUUCCUCAACAGUCGUCGAUUUCUUCAGCUUCCCCAUUUUCUGCCAGCAGCAACCUUAUCACCACUCACCCUGUGUUGUCUGUGAAUCAGGCCGGCCUCCAUCAGCAGCACCCUGAGACGGCAGUAGGAGCCAGGGGCGGAGAACAGCUGCAGCACUGGGGUGGCGUGGGGCCAGAGGUAGGAUCAGUGGGAGGAGCAGUAGGAGCAGGGUCAGGACCAAAUCAAGGGGGUGGAGAUGGGAUGGACUGUGGGGAUGUUGGUGACGGAGGAGGGGGGACUGGUAAUCUGUCCUGCUCAUCAUCAUCCUCCUCUACAGCUUCCUCUUCAUGGAGAGCCAUGCCACUGACCUCCUCUGACCUCAAUACAGGUGCCUCACAGACUGUUGGGUGGGUAGGAGGAGGAGGAGUUGGAGCUCAGGGGCAGGAGGGAAAAGUAUGGGGUUUUGGUAGCCAGGGUGAGAAGGCAGGGUGGGGCAGGGGAACUGAUGGUAGCUCAAAUACCGCAGUGGUAUCUCAGGGAGCUUGGGAAGGAGGGAGUUCAGAGCAAGAGUUGGGUGGGGGAGGUUCUGGUAACCUUGCAAUAGGAAGUGGUGGUGGGAGCAGCAACAGCAGCAGUAGUGGAGGUAGCGUAGGUGUUGACGGUGGUGUAUCUAAAGACUCUGCCUCUCCAACAUUUGCAACUAUAACAAGAGCUUGGGACAAUCAGAAAGGGGUUGAAAGUGAGGAAGGGGGUUUAGGGGAGUGGGGGGGAGGUGGGGGUGGACAGGGUGAAGGUAGAGCUGGUGGAGGGCCUCCGUCCUGUGGGGGAGGCUCCAUUCCUGGAAAUGGCGGAGGAAGUGUUGGAAGUGGACCACACAAUCAGAAGCAGGAGAACUCUGGGCGACAUCGCCCCCACCAGACUCCCAACGCUGAAGUGGCCUUACGGAGCAUGCUCAAUCGGUCUGACCUGGACCCUAAGGUUCUUUCUAAUGUAGGCUGGGGGCAGACCCAGAUCCGACAGAACGUGGCUUGGGAUCUGGACACCACAGCAGGAGGAGGACAUAGAAGUGAAAGGGGCGCAUCUUCAUCUUCUUCCUCUGCUUUGUCAUCAUCCAUGAACACCACCACCAGUCGGGGUCCUGGGUACCAGUCUAAUACCAGUUCAUUGACUACUGACCCAUCUGCUGCUGUGAACUCUGGCCCUGGGCCAGUGAGGGACGGCUGGGACAGUGGUGCUGCACAGCCUGCCCGCGUUCCUCACAUGGCUGGUGGCGAUAUGAGGAAGCCAGGCUCUCCAGUGGAGGAUGUUGAGGCCAAACCGGGGAAGGCAGCUGGAGGCUGGGGCGAUCCGCCGCCUGAGAGCCAGGGUAAAGGAUGGGGGGGUGAAGAAAAGGAUUGGGGAGAACGUAGAGGAGGAGGAGGGAACUGGAGAGACUAUGGAGAACAGGGUAGUGGAUGGGGAGGUGGUCCCGAAGAUAAAGGAACAGGAGGGUGGAAAGAGAUGGGUGGAGACUGGGGACAAAGAGACUCCAAACCUGGAGGAGGAUGGGGAGAUGGGAGAGGCAGAUGUGGAACUAACUCUGAUGAGGGAUCUUCUUGGGGUAAUAUGGAAGAAGGUGGUUCUCAGAGAGGAGGUUGGGGAGGUGAUACGAGCGGUGGCAAACCCAAUCAGGACUGGGGGAGUGUCAAGUCACACACAGCAGCAGCACAGAUACCAAACAGCCAAGUGGCAACAAUGAAAGCCCCAAAUCAACAGCAGCACCAAUCACAGGGCCAGCAGCCACCCGGGGCAUCCCUGCAUGGGGGGUGGGGCAGCCGGUCCUGUGUUGGAGGUGGAGGUCCACCAUCCAAGAAUCAGAACCAAAGUCCAGGCUGGACCUCUGGCCCAAUCCCCCAGAUCCCCGGGGGUGGGGGUGAGUCCUUGGAACCCAGUGGCUGGGAGGAGCCUUCUCCUCAGUCAAUUAGCCGUAAAAUGGAGAUCGAUGAUGGCACUUCAGCCUGGGGAGACCCCACUCGCUACAACAGCAAGAAUGUGAAUUUGUGGGACAAAAACAAUGCCCCAUCUGGCCAAGCUCAUACUCAACAGGGCCCACCGCCGUCCAUGCAACAACAACCACCACCAAGGAGGCAGCAGGGGAUGCAGCCCAACAGGGACACAACCCCUUCAAUGGGCCCAGGCAUGUGGACAGGAACUGGACAGUCUGUGGACAACGGUACAGCUGCCUGGGGACAGACAUCAGAUGCACCCACAGGUUGGGGUGAUCCCGAUGAGCCUGGAAAGGCUUCUGGUUGGAGAAACCCCUCACCCAACCCCAGCAAGUCUGGCUCCAAGUCGAUGGAAACCUGGGGAGGGAAGAGUGAGGGCUCUGUGGCCGCUUCCCGUCACCCCAGCUGGGAUGAGGAAGAUGAUGGUGGUGGUGGGGUUUGGAACAGCACCGGCUCCCAGGGAAGCAGUUCUUCCUUCAAUUCUGGAGGCUGGGGUCAAAGUCAUGGUGGAAAAAGAGGGAACAUAAAGGCUGGAGGAGGGGAUAACUGGAUGAAUCCAAUGUCGCGUCAAUUUGCAAACAUGGGGUUACUGGGUGACGAUUCAGGUGUUGACAAGAAGAUGGAAGGAGAUAAGAGGGGAAUGACUGACUAUAAUGGAGAGAUGCGUAGAGGAGGAAGGAGCGGAGGAGGCUACCGCAUGCCCAGUUCCAAAGAGAUGGGAACCGGUGACAUGGGGCCCUAUGGUGACAAAAUGGGUGGCCAUGGAGUGUUUAGUGGCAGUGGUGGGGGGAUGCCCCAGCCUCGAGGGAUGCACCAGCCAGGCAUGCAUCCCAUGAAUGCAUCCCAGGGUUUACGUGCUCAAGUGCCUCAUCAGUUCCUGUCCACUCAGGUGCCAGGCCCUAUGCUGAAGCAGAUGCCCUCACCUGGUGCCAGUAUGGGCGGAGUGGUUGGCGGAGUAGGAGGUGUUGGUGGCAUGGGGGGCAUUGGUGGAGUAGGUGGCGUUGGUGGAGUGGGAGGUGUUGGUGGAGUGGGGGGUGUUGGUGGAGUAGGUGUCGGUGGAGGCGUGUUCCCUCCACAGCUGUCCCCACAGCAACUUGCAAUGCUUAGCAACAUUUACCCCCAUGUCCAGCAGUUCCACCUGGCUUGUCAGCUUCUCCUGCAACAACAACAACAACAACAACAGCAACAACAGCAACAGCAGCUCCUGCAGAACCAGAGGAAGUUCCCUCAGCCUCAGCCUCUCAGGCAGCAGUCAGACCCACAACAGCUUGCGAGGAUCAUGGCUAUUCUCCAGCAGCAGAGACAACAUCAGCAGGGAAGUUUGGGUGGAGCAGGGGGAGGGGCACCAGGAGGAGGGAGUUCCAAACUGUCUCCCUCUCACUUGGGAGGAGUCACAUCCAAACAACCCAUGGUAGACCCCCUACCCCACCCUGGAAUGGGUGGCCCGUUGUCAGACCUUCAUGCCAAAACCCAGGGGAUGUACUCGGGGCUUGCUGCUGGUAGUAACUUGUCAGGACUGGAACUGGGUUCCAUGAUGGGAGGAAUGGGAGGGAUGAAGGAUGCGGGAGGGCAGCAGUCACGCUUCAAAUGGAUGAUGGAGGGACACUCCCCAGCUCCGUCACCCCCUGACACUGCUCUUCACAAGAACGGUCCCUUACCCAACUCUAUAAAGGCGGGAGGAGGUUCACCUUAUUCCCAGUAUGAGCUGCUGGGGGGUGAUGGUUUAGGAAUGCCUCCUCAAGGCCCUGCGGACAACUGGCACAGAACUCCUGGGAGCAAGAUGGGCACCAAGCCUGGCACAUCCAGUUGGCCCCCAGAGUUCCAGCCAGGUGUACCCUGGAAAGGGAUCCAGAGUGCCGGAGACCCGGAGUCUGACCCCUACAUCACCCCUGGAAGUGUUUUGGGUUCCUCAGGAACCCCCAGCCUCAAUGAUUCUGACCAUCAAUUACUGCGAGACAACACAGGGCCAAACCCCUCCCUCAACACCUCGCUGCCUUCACCUGGUGCCUGGCCCUAUAGUGCCUCAGACAGCCACCUCGGCAAUGCACACAGCACAGCAAAGUACUCUGAAUACAAGCCCAGCUGGCCCCCAGAGCCCAUAGGACACAACAAGCUGUGGAAGACCAAUCGCAGCAGCUCCCAGCUGCCACGCCCCCCUCCUGGCUUAACCAGUCAAAAGCACGCCUCACCGUCCCCAUGGGGUAGCGGAGGCCCACGAUUGGCCAGGGGCUGGGGAGGGAGUGGAGCAAGCCAGGAUUUAAGAUUUGGGCCAGGCUCAGCUUGGAGUGAUGGUGUGGCCUCCAGAGGCAGCUGCUGGUUGCUGCUGAGCAACCUGACCCCUCAGAUUGAUGGCUCCACGCUGAGAACUAUCUGCAUGCAACACGGUCCCCUGCUGACCUUCCACCUAGGCUUGACCCAGGGCAGUGCUCUGAUUCGCUACAGCAGUCGACAGGAAGCAGCCAAGGCCCAGGGUGCACUGCACAUGUGUGUUCUGGGCAAUACCACAAUCCUGGCGGAGUUUGUGAGUGAGGAGGAAGUCGCUCGCUAUUUUGCACAUUCCCAGGCUGGAGUGGCAGAGGGAGCAAGCCCAGGAGGGGCAGGAGCGGGUGGGACGCAGGGGUCAUCUGGAACAGGCACAGCUGUGGCCAGCAGUGGAGGCAGCUCCCCAGGGAGUGAGCGGAGUGGAACUACAGGCGGAAAUGGCAGUGCAGGAGGUGGAGCAGCAGUGCUAGGCAGUGUGGGGUCCUCUAGCAGCAGCUGGCAGAGUCUGGAUGGUACAGGCAAUUCCUCAGAAGGCUCCUCAGCCCAAGGACCCGGGCUGAGCAUAUUUUCCCAGUGGAGCACCAAUGGGGCAGGGGAAGGAAUGGGAGGUGCAGGUGGAGGAGGGAUCGGGGGAGUAGAGUCCGGGAGGUCUGGGCUUUGGGGAGGGGUGAGUGCAGGGUACCCAAGCAGCAGCCUGUGGGGGGCACCCCAAUUGGAGGAAAGGCACCAAAUGGACAGCCCUGCCGCUUUGUUGCCUGGCGACCUGCUGGGGGGAGGAGCUGAUUCCAUCUGAUUUUCCCCCUUCAUUUUUCAAGUAUAGGUUUAGACACACUGACACAACCACAUACACUGGGAAACACAUGUACUUACUAUGGCACACAGACACCACACACACACAUACACACACAUACAUACAUUGUAUGCAUAUUAAUGUACUACACAUAUACACACACUUGCAUACAUGUACGUUGUAUGCAUAUUAAUGUACACAUACAUAUAGCAGAAAUGUGAGACAUGCUUACACACAUUCUUGUGGCCAGACUUAAGCUAUUAUAUAAACAAAUGCAGGGACUGUUAGAUGUGUAUACGGCCUUUUUUCCACAGAUGAAGAUUUCAACUGCUUAGACUUGAACCUGUAAAAGAAUGAAAAGUCAGUCAGUCAUUCUUAAAGAUUUGACUGGAUUGAGAUGUGCUUAGUAAAUAGGGGACUUUUCAAAUGAUUUACAUACACGUGCACACACCAAAUACAGAUGAGCCUUCAAACAUGUUGGCACUGUAAACAGCAUUACCUGCAUCGUAUAAGAGAACUUAGAACUACUACAUGAUGUGAGGUGAACGUGCAGUUUGCAUUCAUGUCCCUUAAAAACGGAGACUGAAUCCAAACACAUGCAAACAAACAGCUCUGAUUGACAACAGAACUGUCUCUUACUGUGUAUGUUAAGUUUAUUUGUAUGUAUGGUUGUUUUAAUUUUUUUUUGAACAGUGGAAAUAUUGAACAAUGUCAUUGUUCCAUUUUCAAAAUGCUGACCACCUACUGUUGUAUCUCUCACACACACUUAUUCUCCCUCAAUCACGUUUGUUACUGUUGCAAUGAUAAAUGUUGAAUUGCUGGCAGUUUGAAGCUAUCUUGCAUUUCUCCAUGUGUCGAAUGCUGUGCACAGUAUGAUGCACAAGUCGUGAACGUGUGUAUGAGUGAGACUGAGACCAAGUUAGUGGAUUUAACCACCGUUGCUGUGCGUGUGUGAGAAUGUAAGGAUAAUGUAUGUGCGCAUGUUACUGCCUGUCAUACGUGUGAGCAAGGCUGCUUACUAUACAGAAGGUCUAUACGAAAAUGUUUUGAGUAUUCGAUAUACUGCUGACUGUGUGUUCAACAAAUAUUGGCACUAAUGCUUUUUUCUCCUUCUCAUUCUAAGUUGUGUGUUUUUUAGCAGACUGUCUUUUUUUAUCGUCCGACUUGCAAUAAUAAAAGAACAUUUUAAUGAUACAAAGAGCUGAAGGCAUAUGUGUUGAGGAAAAAGGACAUGCCAAAUCUUAUCAAACUGUGUGGAGUGGUCGGGAGGGGUGGGGUGGGUUGUUUACAGAUGCAGAAGAGUUACCAUACGUUUUUAUGUUUUGUUGUUGUGUAUUCGUUUUAAAUUAAGACAGGCUUUAACACUCCUGUUCAGUGUUUUCGUUUUGAGAUUUUACAAAGGAAAAUUUAUUUAAACAAAUGAGAACAAGAUUAAUAAUAAAGAUGAAAUGUAUUGGCUUCUAGAA